GUAUAUCACACGACACAAACAUGGCCGCAGCGUCUGCGGCCAGCGUUCUGUAUAAAACGCACAAAAACGGGACUUCCUAAAAUUUUACUGGAAAGAACCCUUCAUCAGUUAACGGCCCCCACUUCACGUUUUCUUAUAAACGUUUGGAGUUGAGGAAAUGUUGAUUUGUUUGCAUUCAUAGCGAAAAAUCGUCGAGGUUGUUUUUCUCGUAAAAUGAGUGAACGAGAGGAAAAGCUUUGGAACGAAUUUCUGCAAGCGAUACGCGACUGUAAUGAACAUACAGUGGGGGAAAUUCUUGUGGAGACAAGAAAUCUUAACCUUGGUGGAGGAAAGACUAAAUUUUUGACGCGAAAAAUAACAACAACUCAGGUAAGAAUAACUCAUCGUUUCAAGGGUUAACAGACUAUGUAACGUGGAAAGUGCAUUUUGCAUAAGAAAUGGAAACCGAGUCGAUAUAUUGUAAAUUAGUUGAUUAAGCUAAGCGUAAACUCCACGUUAAAUAAAGUAUUGAUCGUAUAUUUGAAUUAACGUUACGUAUCCGACCACUAAUUUGCAUCGCAUGUCAUGCAUAGAAACAUAUUAGCUUAAAAAAGAGCCAUGACGUAAUUGAGCGAUCCAUUUUUUCUUCGCCCACCCCACUACCCCAAGGAUCAGGAUUGUGGGUUUCUUUAAAAAAAGGAGGGGGAGUUGUAUUCUGGGGCAACUUCAGAAUACCCAGCCACUUGGCCACAAGGAAUAAUAAUUUUACUUGAAAUUAUCCCCAGGCCUGAAGGACUGGACUUGUCCCUGGGGUUGCCUGGGGGGGGAUGGUAACAAGUAAAAUUGAGUUGUCAAAGUAAGCAGCCAGCCCAGGGAUAUUUUAUUUAAAUACCAAGCAGAGUAACCAGCUGAUACUAUUAAACCAAGUAGGUGGUGAUUUUCUCAGGCAGCCGGCUGCUUUUGACAACUCUGUUCUUCCGAACGCUGCUCACGCCCAAUCAGUAGACUAUCUGAGGGUAGGGACAUCCAUGUUUUGUCAUGUAAUAUUAAUUACUGAAAUCCCCUGUAUUCACCAUGUAUCACAUAAUCUUCGAGGUUCCUGAGCAACAAGUAACAGCAAACCCAACCUAAAAGCAGGCUUGUAGCCAGGUUUUUUUUUGGGGAGGUGCGAUUCAAGGAAAAACCGGACCAAACAAGGCUGGAGGAUCGAAGCAAGUCUUGAGGGGGGUGAACUACAUUUAGGUUGUCUGAGACUGUAUUACGAACGUGUUAAAAAACAUGGAUCUUUCUAAAAUGUUGGAACUUCCAAAUUGAUGUUUUUUGGUAAAGAGACAACUUUAUUAUUUGUCAGAAGAUGGAUGUACGUGCAUAGGAGCCAGUGAAGAGAGCCUCUUUUGUGCUUCGAGUGUUAUGUUUUUGCCACAGAUAACAGUAGCUAUUUUAAACUUUGCUCAAAGACAAAGGGCUACUCAAAAAAUGUACAAUGGAUAUCUUCACCUCCUUCAAGCACAAGUGGAUCCGAGAUCCACCCUUUGUAAUUGGCUGUUUAACAGAAAAUUUAAAAAUGAGAAUUCCCAAUCCCUGAAAUGGCCCGAUAAAAAUGCAUCCAGUCAGAAAUGGUUGAACCGCUCUCACCACAAAACGAAAACAAAGUUGGUUAAAAGUAAUGUUUCUCCCUAGAUAGCAACUGUCACGGCGUAAUAACUGCAAAUGGAGGAAUAAUAAUAUUCUCAGGCUCCAAUCUUAAGAUUUGCCGGUCGAUUUCUGAUAGAGGAGCAAAGAUAAGAAACUACAGGAAAUUACUGUACAGCACAAGAUCACAUGACCUCUCAGUGAAAGAAACGUUUGCUAAAUCCACAAGUUACGAAUCCUCCAAAACAGACUUUACCAGUUAAGGACAAAUUGAAGGGGCUAGUGACGUAUUAGCAAGGGGUAAAUACCUUGUAGGUAUACCGAAUCCCCUUCUUUAUAGUUUACAAAGGCUAAAACAUGUUUUGUAUAAUGGGUGAGUCAGGCUUAUGAGCUCUUUCACAUUAUUUUCAAUUUUACUACACAAUCAGUGAAUUAGAAAAGAACAAUACUCUGAAUUCACUUGUUUUAUCUUUGAUCAACACUGAAAAGUGGACCUCCGUAACCUGUGGGGGGUGCUAGCACCUGUUGCACCCCCCUCCCUACAGGCCUGCGUUCAGAGUAAAAAUUUAUUUCUAUAUUUAUGCCUAUAUUUCUACGGUUCAAUGACUAUAUUAAAUUUUCAUACAAGAUCUAUAAAUUGUUCGUAAUAUGCAAAACAGCUAAAAUUGACAUAUGAUGCACCAAGCUUGGGCUGCCUGCAGUUUCAACUUUUUUCCUAAACAAUAAGUAGCUGUCAGUAGCUGUUCAUUUAUCCCUCGCACACAUUUUGAGACAAAUUCAGUGAUAGUUGGUUACUAUGGUGACAAGAUAUGACGUUAUAAGUAGCAGGUUGUCAAGCCAUUUUUAGGUGAAAAUUCAUGUUUUUUUCAACUUCUUUCAACAAUAAAUUUAAAGCUUGUGGAUGAAAUGAUGCAAAGUGCUUAUUUAUGUAAUAUUUUACAUGCCAAGCACAAAAAAUUACUAUAUUUAUUGCGGUUUUAAACUGAUUUCUUACUCUCGGUAAAAUCCAAGAUGGUGACCAUUGUUGUUGAUGUCACAGGCCUCCAGCAGUGUCACCAACCGUAAAAUAUACCUCAUCUUGUUGAGAAGGUAAAAGGCUUUCCACUGAAGGCAAAAUUGUUUUGAAAUACUGCUGCAGCAACAUAUCAAAAACUCUGGGGAGGGGUUGCAUCAACAACCAUCCCCCCUCCCCUUGUACCAAGUUGGGGUUAUGAAUUCAUGUGUAUGUCGCAGGGUUAAUCUACACUACAGUGUAUCGUCAGAUCAGAAGAAGAUCUUAGGGUUGCCUUAAAUUCUCAAGUGCUUUUUCAUUUGUUAACAAUUUAUCAAUGGAAACUAACCGGGUUAAGUUGUAAAAUAUGUACCUUUUUCACGUUAAGCAAUUCAACUUAGGGAUUUGUUUUCGUAAUUUAAAAUAGAAGUAUGUUUUCAGAGAUAAGUCAAGCUUUUGAAUAACAUUUGUAAAAUUAAAAAAGGUUCAAAUCUGUCAUUACUUUUUUGUUGUUAUUUUUAUCUCCCAGGGAAAACUUGCAGUAUUGCAUUUAGCGGUAAAAAAUGGUGCAGAGAGGAUCAUAAAAUUAUUGUUUGAGAAUGGAGUCAAUGUGAACGCAACCAGUCAAGUAAGAUUUCUCUUCUUUUGCAUUUAAUCAGUGGUAAUCAUGUUUGGGAAUUUUUUCCUUUUUCAAGCUUUUUAAUUUGUACAGCCUGUUCCUCCUCUUCUUCACCUUGCUUGGUCCUCUAAAUUGAUUAAUUUUCUGUGAUAUUGUAAUAUUUAUAGUCAGAAUCUCUCUGCAUCAGGGCGGGGGUGCUGGAGUGUAAAGUGUGAUUCUCCAGGCACCCGGCCCCCAUAGUAACCAAUUUUAAAUUUCUCCCAACAAUAUCACAUCCAGAUCAAUUGAAAGAUCAAGAGAAAGAAUGAAAUGAUUAGCCCUGAUGAAAUGUCCUGAUGUUUGAAAUAAUAUUUCCUCAAGUACAUCAUAAUAAAAAAAUAUGGAGAUUGAACAAUGAGGAGAUUGCUCAUGUCGAUAUUGGGGCUUUAAGGAUUAAAGUUUUGCAGGUGAUCUGAAGUCAUGUCUCAGAUCAGCCAGUAAAUCACAUCUAAAAGUCCACCGCUGAAUCAAGAAAACCAAAUUUCCACUCCGUUUAUACAUUUAACAUUUUAAAAAAUAAUGUCAGAUAAAGGUAUGCUGUAGAAUUUUGACUCAAGAUUGUUAUUAGACCAGAAAAUGAAUGCCAGAUCACCACAGUAAAUUUCACAUUUGAUCUGUUUGUACCAACACUGACAAGCUUCUUAAAACAAAAUAAACAAGAUGGAUUGAAAUAAACAACGUGGAUCGAAAUAAACCAAGUACAAGUUCCUACGACGUGACCUUUUGAACCCACUGAAAAAUGCCUAUGUUUCCUGAGAGGUCAUUUAGGGUGUUGGCAGAGGUGGAAAAUGUAAACUUAAGGCAUAUUUUUGACAUAUUUUUUGUUGUUAUUGCAAAAAUGUGGCAAUGGCAGGGAAGAAAUUGCUGGUGGAUGACAAAAUAACAGCUUGUGUCAGACAUAUGUCUCCUUGGUGUUAUAUGUAAAGUUUCGAACAGAAAACAUUGUCUAGUGAAACAUUUUACUUUCUUGAAAAACUUUUGAAAUCAUGCUUCAAGUAACUUCUUGUUUUCUUAUGAGGUGCUGAUUGGCCCACAACCAACUUUCUUGGAAUGUAAAUGUUAUUUACCUGUAUCCAAUCAGUCAACUUUGUCAAGGUGGCCCCGGUUACAGUAGUCGCACUGUAAAUUUGUUGCUGAUGUUUGUGUUAUUAAAAAUACAGUAGACAAACAAUUGAUUGAUGACCAAAUAGGUUGUCAAUACUGAUUACUGAAACUUUCUCAAGCCUCAAGGUCAAUGGAGAAGGAUUUCUUCACCAAAAAUCCUUGAGACCUGGACCAGCAAUCAAACGGCUGCAAAUGCUCAAAAGCAUGUCACAGGCCCUUAAGAUUUAAUGAUGUUGUUUUUUUGCUCCACAGCCCCAUAAAUUCACUGCUCUUCACAUGGCAGUAGAGCAAGAUAACAAUGGAAUAAUUCAAUUGCUUUUGUCACGAAAAGAAAUUAAUGUCGAUGCAUGUGAUGAGGUCAGUUUAUAAAGUGAAGUAAUUGAAGUUAACAUUUGCAUUUACUUACAUGUAUGUGUGGGAUCAAUGGACAAUGUAGAUGAUAUACAUUUUUCAUUAUGACCCCUUUUUCAUCAAGUGCUAUAAAUUACUUCAUUGCCUAUAAUUUUUUCCUAUCUUCAUUUUCAUGCCUGCCCUGUAAGGUUGUAAAAAUCUCUUUUAAAUCACCCCAGCUGGAAAGGCACAUGAAUAAUAUAAGGGACGUGUGGAAUAAUUUAAGCCCUGGAUGACUCGUGAUGUGAAAUUACGUCAAAUUCUCUCUUCAUUUCAGAAGCAUAAUUAUAUAAAAAAAUUAUCAGAAAAAAAUCUACAACCCCAUUCAUAACAAUUUCUGAAAUGCUUGUUGAUUGUUGGCCUUCUUCCUCUUCAAUGUUGGUGUUAUCUCAAGGUCUGGAUCUGGCACUUGGUGUUGAUAAGGUAAUGAGGUUCGAGCAAACCUGUCAAACCUACAUUGAAGGGAAGAGUGGGGAGAUAUAUGUGUGUUGCAGUUAAUUUUUUACUUCAGUAAGUUUUUGUUUUUCCUUUGUUUUAAAACCAUUAGCAUACAUAAUUUUCCAUGCCCAAAAACAAAUUUAGAAAAAAAUAAAAUAAAAGGAAAUAAUUAACUGAAAUAAAUAAUUAACUACAACAUGUGCCUAUACAGUACUACACAGUUGAGUCUCUUGUGUUCUCUAGAAGUGUUUCAAGGAAUUAUAGCAUUCUAUCACAAGUCACUCAUGCUUUUUUUUACCAAGCAUCCCAUUUCCUAUAAAUUGAGGCUGAUAAUUUAACUGGGAGUUUUCUGUCAGAUUUUUCUCCCUCUGUGAGGAUCACAGGUGAUUCUCUAUAUGGGCUAUUUGCGCCAGAAUCAAAGUUGCGUAGAUAAUCGAGGAAAUGAUAAACUUUAUAAAUUAAGAAUUAAUAUAAAGAAUUGAUUAUAAGUUCAUGAAUAAUAAGGAGUAUGAGACAAAGGAAAUCGAGAAUCAACCAUAAGGGUUAAAACAUCUUAACCUGAAAUUAAUUUUGAACUGUAACAUAUAUACAAGUGGCUCCUACUCCUAAACGAAUAAGGAGACCCCCUGAUUUUAUUUAAAAAAUUAAUGUGAAUUUUUAUUAACAACAUCCUGCUGUAAAUUAUAACAACCAGUUGUUAAAAUUUGAAGAAAUCUCACUGCAGGUUCUAUUGCAGACGAUAAAACUCUGAGCGUGAAAAUAAGACUGUAAAAUGUAAUUUUUUAAACAUUAUUAUUUUUCUUAUUUCCACAGGAAAUUGAGUGUUUCAUGAAAACUUUUAUUGUAUUUUUGUCUUGUAUUUCUUGUAGUAUGGGCAUACUCCAUUAAAGCUGGCAGCAGAGAAAGGAAAUCAACAGACAGUAAAAUGGCUUAUUGAGAAAGAAGCUGACAUAACCAAAGCUGACUCAGUAAGUUUAAGGUUUUUUAGCUCUUCAAAAAUGUUUUUUUUUAAGCCAAUACUUUUUAUUAAAUGUCAUGAUUAGUCCUUAGGUCUAUUACUAUCCAGGAAUGAUAAUAUUCUUUAUAAAAAAGUGAUAGUCAUCAUCUUCAUUCUGCUUUUGCCAUUGGGAUGGCGAUGCUCUGUACAAUCACACCUGAUCCAGAAGUAAAUUGUUUGCAAGAGUCUCCCUGUUGAAUCCAGAAUCUAUUAAGACCAUAAUUAUCUGGCCAUGGAUUGCCAUUUCCCUUGAAUAUACAGGGCUGUUAAAUUGUACAUUUAAAUAAGUUUUGGUCCCUUUUUCGUUCAGGUUGACAACACAGCCAUUCAUGUUGCAGCUGACAAGGGGCACUAUGGUGUGUUACAGUUGUUAUUAUCGUCAGAAGCUUUUGCUAAGAAUCCAGGGAUCAUUGGCAAGCAAAAUAAGGUACAGGUUUUUAAAUUCUUCUUGGGGCAAUGGGGGUAGUGGGAUGGGGAGUGGGGCAGAUUGAAGGAGGUAUCAAUUAAAUCCAAAUAAAGUUUACUUACCCUGUUAUGUUGACUCCUCCUUCGACCUUGCUCGAUCAGAAACUUUAAGGUAAUUCACUUCAAAUGGAUAAUAAUGUACUAUCCAGAAGUUUUUCAAACUUGGCACAAUUAAAAGUCAUGUAUAGGACAUUGAAGAAGCGAUGAUGAUGGGGUCACUGGCUGUGGUUUUGCCCAGCUUGCCUGUUAUACUUAGAGUUUUUGACUGCAUGAGUUGCAUGGAGAAUGUUUAAAACUUGAAAACUGUUAAAUGCUUGUAAUUCUUUUUUAUUAUUUAGCAAGAACUACAAAAAUUGAUAGUCAUGUAUAAGACAUGCCAAAAAAAAUGCAAUAAAAAGAUGGAUUCACUGCUCUGGGUUUUUGCCUGGGUUGCCUAUCAUAUUUUUGAGUGUUAUAUUCUGAUUUGCGUGCAAAACAUUCAGAUCUUGAAAACUGUCUGUAACAGGACAGUGAAAUGGCAAUAGUUAUUAAGCCUUUAAGUCCCAAUAGUGACCUACAUCAAUUUUCUCCUAACAAUAUCCAUACAAUGUCAAGAGAUUAGGUUAUGCAAAUUAAUUAAAUGAUCACCAAAGAGAAAAUGCUUUGAUCAAAUUCUCUCAACUUAUUCUUUAAAGAAAUGUUUAGAGAUUGGUUUGGAGAAUUUGCUUGUGGAUAUUGGGGCUUAAAGGGUUAAUGCUUCAAAUCGGUCCAUUUUAUGCAAAGGGACUGGGUCAAAACCCUUUGCCCAAAACUUAUUUCAACUGACGAGCAAAAAAAUUGAACAGAAUAUACCAGCCUGAUAGCAAAAACCACUUGCCCCAGGCUACUGGACAUUACUUUCUUUGCAUGCUGCUACAUCCAAACCAUACCCCCCAAGAAAAAAAAUUCAUUUCUAUUCUCGGUGUAGUUUGGUGUAGUAUUUUUUUUUAAGAGAAGUGAAAAGCUUUAAGUUCUAAUUAACUUAAAGGAACUUCAUUCAACAACUGGAACAGUUUUUGAAAACAAUUAUGGGCUGGAUUGUAUAGAGAGAAGUUGUCCCUGGUAGUGGAAUUGAUGGGUCACCCAACAACUUACCCGAACUACCCUGGGCGAGCCAACUUUACAUGCAUUUCCUUACAAGACAUGGCAGUAAUUGUUACAUGAGAAACAAAAAGCAAGCUCGGUUAGUAGGGUGGCCCACCUAGCCAGGACGCACCCUUUUGUGGUGGUAGGGGCUCCCCUAGGGGGGUACUCCCUUUUAGUAAAAUCCAACUAGUGGUCUAUUAUCAAUGUUGCACUCUGAUUGGUACAGCUACUACUAGGCUAUAUGUUAUAGCCCACUAGUAGCGAUAAGUGCUGGCUUUAAAAACCAAAACAAUGGCGGCUGAAUCGCGUUUUGCUAGUUAAAGUUGCUUUGUCUUGAUAUUUUUGACCCACUAGUUGGAUUUUACUAAAACAAUUAUUCCUCUCGCCCUCAUGGCCUCUGAGUCAAUAGUCCAUUCGGCCUUCAGCCUCAUGGGCCAACUCUCCUCCAUAUAAACAAAGCCAAGUUUGUCCUUCUUUGUUUUAGCAAUUUAAUACGUGCUCGACCAGUAUCUAAACACACUUAGCAUGCAGCGGAAGCAUGUUGUGAGCAUGCUUUUGAAUAUCUUUAGCUGUCAAAUCCUGUGGUGGGUCACAUAUAAACACUUUAGCUUGCCUAGCUGGGUCAACUUUGGUCAAGGCAAGACAAUCAGAGCAUACGCAAGUGCUGUUUUGACAAUCAAAGCCUGCACUAAGUGAUGUUGGCUUGGGCAAAGGAGUCAACUUUUCCUCAUAUAAUCGUUUGCUAGGGUUGACUCGGCUGAGACAGGUUUUUUCUGUACAACAGGGCCUAAGCAAGCCUGAGAAAACAGCCGACAUUUGACGACGUUAACCAUUGGUUUUCCCGCCAAAUGACGUCAGCGAAAGGAGCGCAGAAAUUCCAUUCUGAUGACGCGUCACUACCCAGAUCUGGGUAGUGCUUCUGAUUGGUCGUGCCGCGUGGGAAAUUUAAUUGAAACAAUCAGAAGCACUACCCAUUUCUAGGUAGUGCUAUUUAUUGUCGCUAUUGCCAUAAUUUGCAACAAACGUACAUGGUAUCAAGUGUAAAACUGACAGCAAACAUGGAUCUUUAAAGACAUUAUUUUAUAUGUAUUUAUGUUGUAGAAUUAUAUGUCAAUAAUUCUAAGAAUAUAUCUUUCCUUUAUUGUAGGAUAAAAAUACUCCUCUUCACUUGGCUGUGGCGCGGGAGUGCCAAAAUUGUGUUGCUCUGUUGUUGUGUUAUGGUGCUGUUUCUUCACUGGAGCUAGAAAACAGGGUAAGAAUCCAGCCUCAAUGUAUUGUGCAACGGCAAUGGCGACAGCAACGAGAACCGCGAAAAAAGCAAUAGGUUUAGAUCACCAAAAGAAAGUUUUUCACGUUCAUCACCCUUUUGUGUACAUUUUUUUUACAAACUGCUUUAUUUCACAUUAUGUUGUGGACGUGAACACAAGGUAACCACUUCCUAAUUCUUUUUUUAACCUUACAAUACAAUCAUUUAGAAUUCAGCUCCAGAAAAAGAUCACCACCAUUUGAGAAAUUGAAUGACAUCGUAUAUGUGCGAUGAAAGCUCUCUAUUCUCUAUGUCACACUCUUAUAGAUCAUACGUGUUUCACUCAGAAGUUUUGGAUCAUAAACUGGGCCUGAUAUGUAGCUGAGCUGGGGAUGAAUGCCUCCUACUUAUUGAGGGCACGGUUGGGUACUCAAUACAUAGAAUUGGAAAUUUUAGGCUAAGAAAAAUAGUCACAAAUGCCGAGAUCUAAAACCUAUGAAUCAAAAUUAUAUCGUUUGUUACGUUACUUAAUUGGUUAGUGCUAUUUACAUGAAGGAAAUCGUCGCAAUUGUGAUAUACAAUUAAAUUCUUGGACAUUAGCCAAGAUCAGCGCCCCUUUAAGGCGUAUCCAUAGCCUCUGUCAGUAGCGUUACAGUGCUCUACCAACUGAUCUAUGAAGACCCAUAAAUUACGAGUAGGCCAAUUGUUGAGUUCAUUUUAACCCGCGAAAGGUAGAGUUAUGUUGCGCUUAGACAGAGAAAAAUAAUUUGAACAUCAUCCAUCAUCAUCUGUACUAUCACAAGAAAUAUUAGCCGUUGUCCCCAGACUGGGCUCCUGACCACCAUAAAGUGCGCAGAAAAUUUGGAUCCCUCUGAAAAUGGAAAGUUAAAAUGAAAUGAAGAUGCUGUAAAACCUAUAGAAUAUUCCAAAGAAGUAAAACAGACAAUUUUUAAAGUUCCAAUGUCUCUCUUUUUUGCUGAGAUAGAAUCGAAGUUGUCUUGACUUCAUUGUGUAGAUUACCAAGUUAAACCGAGUUUUUCUUGUAGUCCUUUAAUAAACGCCGAAUUCUUCUGAUUAUUAAAUCUUGGAUGGAGUUUAUUUGAAUAAAUAUGAUACAUUAUAUAAUUUCGUUAAAAAAUGUUUUGAGUAAAAUGUGUAAAAGUGUUGACUACAAUUAUUUUUGGCCUAGGGUCAAGUUGUAGGAUAAUGCAGCACUGUGCAUCAGUUUGCACUUGUAACCCAUGUGGUACCAGUCGUGUGAGCCUUUAACAACAUUUUUCUAAUUACUCACUUUGCAGCAUAAUGAAACACCCAAGCAGAUAGCAAAAGGGAACAAAGUCAUCACCGAACUUCUGGAGAAUCCUUCAAAAGCCAGACAGGUCAGCAUUGUAAGACAUCAUGUCUCUUACUCUUGUUUUCAUCUGGGGUCCUAGUUGGAAAAGAAACAACAUUAACAUUUCAUUUCAGAAUGAUAUUUCCCCCAAAAAACCGUGAGAUUGGGAGUUGUCAUGAGGUCGUGAGAAAAGUUAAAAGUGAGACUCGCGGCAGAUCGUGAGAGUUGGCAGGUCUGUUAUCGGGCUAGUGUAAUUUUGUCGAUUUAUAGCUGGUUGAUAGGUAGUCUAAAUUAACCGUAUCCACCACUAAACAUUUCCUAAUCCCCAUGAUGCUACCAUUCGCAUGUUACCUCUUUGACAACAAUUUGAGUCUUGCUGAUGUCGACUCCGUGAGGGCCCAUCACGAACAACUGACCAAUCAAGAACUGUUCCAUUCAGUUGUUUAGAACCCUUCUAAUAAGUUUCCACAGUUUGUUACCAAAACCGUGCAGCAGGCUUACAUUUUAUUUAAGGAGACAGAAUUCUUUCAAUCUACACAAGUAAAAAAACCUUUCAAACUAAGAGAUUAGAUUUACGGACAAUUUUAUCAACAAGAGUCGGUUCUCUGACAAUGUUUCCUGAUUUUUUAGAUUUUCAAUUACAUUGUGGUUAUUACUGAGGUGUCAUGGCGGGGCUCCACAGAGCCCCAUACUCACAGAAUAUGGUGAACCUCUUUUUGUUUGGUUGUCACGUGAUUGACCGACCGUACGUAUGUACGCGUCUACAGAUUGUAAGGGUGGAGUAGGGGAGACUAUCAAAAGGGAGGGACGGGUAUCUCAGGCGUGUCUUGGCAAGUCCACAUCUUGUAUAUUGGACAUUCACAAAAUGGUCAUUUGACAGCUGUCAAAACAGGAUAGCCACUGACCAGUAUCACAUGACCAUAUUGCGGGUUCAUGUUUCAACUCAUCGAGGUGACGUGAUUCAUUUGGAAGCUGUCCGCUGACCAGUUAAUUGUUUUACUAGAUCACGACAGGAGCCCAUCAUUUGAUGGGCUGCUGAACACGAUCAAUGUUCAAUCUCAUACUUUCUAGCUAGUUUGAGAGCACAGGAAAACUGAUAAUGCAGACAUGUUGGACAUCAAUGUUGUGAUCAACUGACAGCUGUCAAAACAGGGUAUCCGCUGACCAGUAUCACUUGACCGUAUUUCGGGCUCAGGUGUCGACCCAUCCAGGUCAAGUAUUUUUUGAAGUUAUCCGCUGACAAGUUACUAGUUUUCAAAUGAUCGCAGGCUCAAGUUUAAUUUUUUUUAAAUUCAGAUGAAAUAUGUCGUGCAUUUCUGCCGCACAAUUAAAAUUUUGAUUUCAAACUGAUCUCGGACGCGAAAAUUCAGCCAGCUAUUACAGCCAGGGAAGAGAGUUGCUUUUGACUUUGCUCACCAUGAUCACGCGUUGGUCACACUCUUCGUCCAAUUUUUAUGCGCUGAUUGGUCAAAAUUUGAUAGGUGAGUUCAUGCGGAAAAUUUAUGCGGCAUCUUGAAUCUUGUUUACUUUGACAGCGGAAGCUGACAGAGUUUUGCGUCAACUUGUGAUGUUUUUAACUGUUUUUUUCCACUGGAUGUACAAAAUGAAAUUCAGCUGUUAUCAGGAGUCUUCUGUUAUUUAUGGCUAGUUUGUUUAUUGGGUUUUUGGUUGAGAAAUACGUCACUUUUCAAAGUCGGAAACCCGAUUUCGGAUGGCAUCGUUUUCGUUUUUCACCUUGCUUGAUGCAUAAGAGGGUUGCAAAGUCUGAAGCGGUACUGGCCUACUUGAUACCUUUCAGGACUGCAUCUUGAAUGGUAAGCCUGAGUCAGUAUUUUAUUUGAUGUUUGUUUGUUAUAUCUAAUUUAAUGAAGUCGAGCGUAGUUUAUGCGGCUAUUUAGUUUAUGCACGUUUGUAAGAUUUGAGAUAACGAUCUGACCGAGUAUCAGUUUUGAUAUAAGCUUACAGAACUUAAAAAAGCCUUUAGACAUUUUCUCACCGCAAAUAAAAAGAAAACGGUCCAAAGAAUAUUUAGUUAUAAUUCUGGCUGUAUAAGAAAGCUUUAAGCGAUUUUCUUGCCUCGAGUUCAUCUUUGAAAAGAAGCAAACGCCGGGAAGCCGGUCUAAAAGAUGAACUUAAGCUUUAAGCUUGAAGACUCAGGAUUUUUAGAGACGCUUUAAUACUUGUCGUCGCGAAUGAAAAUUGUUGUCUCUGUAUAUGUUUCACCGGAAUUAUGUUUCUCUUAUUGAUUGUUAGUAGUCUCUCUUGUAAUUUUAAUCGCUGUGCCGUUUGUUUUCAGUCGUUCAGUGAACAUCGCUUGCAGGGGUACUCAAAAUGCCGCGCGUGUCAAACGCUUUUGAAGUGUACACAUCGAUAAAACCAUUAAAUGAAAGUAAGAAAUUCUUUGUUAUUCUAUGUUAAUGUUCAUUCAAACACGACCACAGCUCGCUCUGCAAAAGUGGGAACCAGCUGAUUUUGGAAAUUUUUUUUUAACUGUUUAGCUAAAAGCCCACGCGUGCUUCGAUCGAUCGUCCUGAAUAUUGAAUGAGUGCACUUUGGAUUGCAAAAUUGUGAAAUACUGCAUUCUGUCCGAGGUCUGUAUGAUAAAAACAGUGCCUCGUAGUACUGUUUCACCUCAGAUGUGAUGUUUAAAUGGUAUAAAUGGUUGGUUUACACGCACCCAGAUUUGUUGGCAAGAUUUUGUAAAGUAAACUUGUCGAACACAAAAAAUUCGGCCUGAUUUUUUUCCAGGCCUAAUUAAUCUACGGUGAUCAAGAACCAUUAUGGCUCUUAAAUGUGAUCGAAGAUGAUUGUUUUUUGGGGGGUGUACAUAUGAGGCUAUCUUGGGCUGUUUGCAAAUUAUUUUUCUCUAAAAUUACUACUUAGCCUUUCCCUCAAAAGUCAUGAAGGUCGGUCACGCAUGUCGGUCGCUCCGUAGGUUAAGCGGCGUUUUACUUCUAGUCUUGUUGUUUAGCCGGUUUAAACAGUACUCCGUGGAAUCUGCAUCAACACGAUUCUAUUUGGGGACUAGACUGUCCGCAACUCCUUCGGUAGAAGGUGGAAGAACACUUUGCUCCGAGUUCACUCGCCCAUCUCAACGACGGCCAUGUUCUAUUCCAAAGAUACUCGAGCUUUGCAAGCAGUCUGGUGUUGCUCUUUGCCUAAUCUGCUUAGCUGGCGAUCUUGAGCUUAAUCCUGAGUCUGCUGCGAGGAAUGUCCGUGGCAUAUGUAGAACGAUUAUCAAGAAAAACCAAUCUUCUGCGGACUGCUCGGUUUGUCUAAAGUCGAUCCAUCUUACAUGCUUUGGGCCUUAGCAAAUCCUGUAGUUUGUGCACUUGUCAGAAUCAUUCUGCUAACGAAAAUGAGAACAGCCUGGUCGACAAUGGCCUAUUUCUAUCGCAGAAGUUAAGUGACAUCUCAGCGAUCAAGGGUUUUAAGAUUGUCCACCAACAUAUUAGUGGUCUGACCGGUAGGAUUGAUGAACUGCGUCUCAUCGUUUCCGAACUGCGCUCGAGUCUACAGUUUGAGUUUCUCUCAAACCUGGGCACAUAAAGAUAUCGCGGACUCUGAGCUUGGGAUUCCUGGCUACAAACUUUUUCGCCGAGACAGAGGAAAUAAAGGGGGUGGCCUUGCAGUGUACGUAAGAAAUGAUAUGAAAGUUAUGCGUUGGCCCGACCUUGAAGAAUCGACUAUCGAGGGUCUUUGGGUCGAAGUUUGCCCACCGAAAUCGCGUAGCUUUCUAGUUGGCACAUUUUAUAAGCUGCAACGUCUUCAAAUCAUGCGGUCAAAGACUUCAUGCCUAUAUUUGGCAAUUGUCUUAGGCGUGCUACGGCUAUGGAUAAAGAGGUGAUCAUCACAGGCGAUUUAAAUUGUAAUUUAUUACCAAAACGGACCACGGAGUCAGACUGUAAACAACUCAAGGCGCUACUGAGACAAGAAAACCUCACUUAGCUCAUAAAUCAGCCCACUCGUAUUACUCAAUACUCCAAAACACGUUUGGAUAUUAUUAUCACGAACUCUCCCCAUAACAUUAGAGAGUGCGCGGUUUUAAGUUUGAGUGUGAGCGAUCAUGACAUGGUUUUUUGCGUAAGAAAGUUAAACUGGAUGAAAGCUGCCCCAGAAACAAAGAGUUUCAGGAAUUAUGCAAAAUACGACCCUGCAAAGUUUUGUGAAGACCUUAGGGCCUGUUUACAUGGAGUGGGGGACCCCGGUCUAGUGGGGUUGGUUUCUUUUGUUUUCACGUUCUGGAGGACACAAAACAAAAGGAACCUACCCCACUAGACCGGGGUCCCCCACUCCAUGUAAACAGGGUCUUAGAGGUGUUAAUUGGGUUGAUAGUAUGAAUUCCUCUGGGACAGAAAAUGCGAAUGUCAUUUGUGUUGACGAACUCUGGCUCAAUUUUAAGUCCGCAUUCCUUAAGGUGGUGAUCGUCACGCCCCACUUAUCCAGAAGCGAGUACGUGGUGUAGAUAAUUGUCCAUGAAUGACUGGCCAAAUAAAGAAAGACAUUAGUCAGUGUGACUACUUUUUAAAAAAGGCGAAAAAAUCAUCCCGUGACGAAGACUGGCUGCGUAUAAAUCUAUGCGAAAUCGUGUGACGAACUCAGUAAAGAGGGCAAAACAAACACACAACAAGAAGUUAAUUGAUAACCAUAAAGAUGACACCAAAGCCUUCUGGAGAACAACGAAGAAGAUCAUUCCCGGGAACAAGAGCUCUAGCGGUUCCAAAAAUAUCAAUAUUGACGGUGUGCUUUGUAGUGAAGCCAGUGAUGGAAAGAAAAUUGCUAAUGGUUUCAAUAAUUUUUUCGCCUCAGCCGCUGUACGUCUUAAGCGGGCUCUCGGUAGUGUUUCUUUUAAAAAAAGAAGCGUUGAUCAAAAAGUUGAUGCAUCAAUACCAAAUUUUAAAUUUGAAUUGGUAAAUGAGUCGCUGAUUGUUAAGACACUUCAAGGUCUCCAAGAAAGCAAGGCUAGUGGUCUUGACAAUAUAUAUCCGCGUAUGAUGAAAGAUGCUGCAGUAGUUAAUUGCCAAGCCGCUGACUCGAAUUGUAAAUGAAUCAUUGUCGCAGGGAACAGUGCCGAGUGAGUGGAAGUACUCAAAAAUAACCCCACUGUACAAGAAAGGAAUGUCUACCGAUAUGGAUAAUCACCGUCCAAUUUCGGUUUUACCUUUUUUAGGAUCUUUUUCUAUUAGCUUAGUUAGGACUAGUUUAAAGUAUUUUUAACAUAUUUUUAUAUUUCUUUUUUAUCUAGAUCCUCUAAGGAUAUCAGUUUUUGUAACUGUAGGAGUUACCCUAGCUAAAUAAAAGUAUCUUCUUCUUCUUCAUAAAUGUGCUCUAAAGUUAACUGAAUUUUGGAAUGCAAAAUUAUUGUUUGAUUUAAUUAUAAAUUUAUUGAUGGGAGCCUCGCUUUUAGCCCUGGCUAAAUCUAUAUAUUAUUUUUUGCUAAGGAUAGUUUUGGAUCAAUUAAUUUGUAAAAUUGUUCAAUAUAGUGCGAUUAAUAAAACACAGUCUAUUCUUUACUAUUCUGGUUAGCUGUAAACCAAUUAGUUAUUAUAGGGACUCUUAUCUAGAGAGUAUUGCAGGUUGACAGCUUCCUGAUCAGACGUAGGUAUGAAUUCAGCGGAAUCUCGUUUGUGAGAUGUGUUUAAAGUACGGUAUAUGGACCACUGAGGUUUUAUUGAUCAGCAAGUUUGAAUGGUUAUACUCGAGGCCUGUGUGUUGCAAGUCCCAUGGGGACACAGCAGUCAGAAAAGUGAUAACUAAUAAAAUAUAUUUAUUGUUGAAUAGAACUGAUGGGUGAGUUUUGUUUUGUACAGCGUUUAAUAAAACUGCCCACGCCAGAUGUCCAAGUGGUUGGAAAAGGUGGUUCAGUGGAAGCUGAUGGCACAGGUAUAUUUUAUACUCAUUACACUUAUUAUUAUACAUUGUACCCACUAUCUGUCUUCUCAUAGGCUGAGAGCCUACAGCAUAUUUUGGAAAUCAGGGCAACCUACAGAUUAGUUAGUUAUCUGCUAGCAGAUAACUGACUAAUUUGUAGGUUGCACGGGCAAUGCAUAAUUUCCAAUAACAAUAUCAAUUCAGGCUCCUUGCGACGGUGUGUUUGCCGUUAUUUUCUUCUAAACGAUGUAUAAAAGCAAUUAUUAGAUUCGGUUUUUGUGAUAUCCUGAAUAAUCAAGGUCUCAGUAAGUGUUAUCAGCCUCGGCCUUCGACUCGGCUGAUAACACUUGCGUAGACCUUAAUUAUUCCGGAUAUCACAAAAAUCUCUUCCAAUAUUUGUUUACAAUCACCGGUACAACACAUUGUACAGUCUCUUAUUUGACAUACUUAGUGCUUUGUCAUGAGUUUCUCCCCCUUAAAGACAUAAGAACAUCUGUUAAAUAUGGAGGUUUCACAUGAUACAAAUCUAGGUAAGGGAGGUGCAGUGCAGGUGAGAGCAUUCGCCUCCGACCAAUUGAAUGUGGCCCGGGUUCAAAUCAGCGUUGACACCAUAAUUAUGCAAGUUGCUUGGUCUGUCCUUUACUCCAAGAGGUUUGACUCCAGGACUACUCCAAUUCGAUCUGGAAAGCAUAGACACGUUCCUUAUGUUACUAAAUCCUCGCUUGGUUAUGUGUCUUCUUUGAGCAUGAGUAAUUCAAUUGAGAUUCACUUACUUCUCGUUUACAUUAUGAUCAUUUCAUUUUGUUCACACAUUAAAAAUUAUUUUAUGAAAUAAAUGAAAUAGCUUCACACAUCGAAGGCCUGUAACUGCCCAUGUGGAACCACGUCCCUUAAUGUACCAGUUGCUUGUGGCGUCAGUUUAUUUUGAGUGGCCCAUUUAUAAAGGAAAGCGAUCUUUUAAUACCAGACGUCCCAAAAUAAGUAUGAUUCCGUCAAACAGUCCAGAGAGAAACACAAAAGAAAAAAAGUAACAAAACAAAACAAACCGAAAAAAUCUUAACUUUGUCCUACCGGCCACCACCAACGUGUUUUUCCUUCAAAAUAGUUUUGGGUUCCCCAGUGUCUCCGAAAAACCUUUUCGCAAGAAAGUGAAACCCGGUAUAUUUCCAGCAGAGAUAAAACAAACAAGGAACGGAAAGUGAUAGAAGCAGGGAGGAGUGAAAAUGAAAGGUAAAAGUCGAGGGGGCAGUGAAAAAAACCUUUAUUACCUUCUGUGCAUGGCCGUACUUUGAAGGUUGUGACUGUAAUUUCUUAUCAGGAACAAACGCUUGCGUACUAUAGCUACUUGACUUGUAAACAGCAUUUUGUGUAGAUUUGGUUCUUCUGGCACAAAAGUAACCAGCAAACGGAUCGAGUAACUUUAACCUUGCACUGCCGGUGGGCACACGUCUUUGUCAAGUAAAUUGCAUGAAAUUUCACAUUUUACAACAUAAAACUGAUGUAAGAUCCUGGAACCAAUAAGUUGCAUAAAUGUUGUAGUUAAUUUUUAUCUGACGUAAUUUUUAUUUUUCCUUUGUUUCAACUUUAUUAAACAUACAUUGCCAUGCCAAAAACAAAAGAAAAACAAAAUUACCUGAGGUAAAAAAUUAGCUACAACAUAAAUCUUGGUGUUGAAUGUAAACGUUCGUGGCUAGCUUCUGACGUCAAGUCCAAUCACACUGACUCUUUAUUUAAGCACCAAACGUUAGCAGUUAAAUUUGAUGUCAUGUUUUGUUGCAACAAGAUGCUGGUGCAUUUUGAACAGCCACCUGAAGAUUUCCUGUCCGUGUUAUCUAACAAUUUCACUAAGGUGGUAGCUUGUAUGCAAAUUUCUCCCAUGAUUUGUCAUUUUCCCGUUUUAAAGCCAGACAUUUAGAUGUCAUAGUACAAGAUACAAGUCUUUUAAUAUGCAAGUAUUUUAACUAGGCUUCCGUCAAAAAACGCAAUUUUAACGGGAGUUCACAAACCCGUGGUUAAGUGGGGGAAAAUUAAAUCCGGGUUAGGCUUAACCGGGGAUUAAUUUAACCUUCCUUUUGAACGACCGGGCCCUACUUUAGGCCCCUGCUCCUAUUGACAUCAAAGUGUACAAAUCCAUUUUUGAUUUAACUGUUUGCUUCAUAAUUAUGUUGUAUAAUUAGCAAUUAAUAAAUGAGACAGAGUAGGAUGUGAAGAAUUAAGCAGAUCGAGGAGGGUGUUAUCCACGAUAACACCCUCCGGGAUCUGCUUUAUUCUUCAUAUCCUACGAAAGCCGAAUUCAUUAAUUGUUUUAUUAUUCAUUCAAAAUAAUUUCUAGUUUAAAAACAUAGCUAAGACAUGCUUACCUGCAUCGAUGUUAAGUUUGUCUUCGAUAGUGUACGUUUAGGUUUGUCCAGUUCCGCAAAUAUUCUCCAAAUAGCAGAUGUCGCGCUCCGUGUUGUGUUCUUGCUGUUUUUGCCAUGAUUUUAGCUAUUAUUUCGCCUAGCUCCAGCUGUAGAAACGAGUGAAGUGUCCGCCAAUUUUGCUUCACAACGAAAACAACUCAACCCCGUCCCCAGGUCUUCUCGGUUAACGGUACAUUAACCUGUAGCGGGCUGCAUUUGUGACGUCAUUUCCUCGUUAAACACAAAUUUCUUCCAAAUUUGGUCAUCAGUAACUGGUUAUGGUGAGUUAUGCGUGUGUUUUUAGCCAAUCAGAAUUGGGGAAAUAUUUUGAAUGACUAAUAAUGCAUGUUAUGUUGCUACUAAUUUUAAAAGAGUUAUGGUAUUGUAAAGCGCCACGGACAAUUAGUGGAGUAUGGCGCCAAAUAAAUGCAUUUUCAUUUUUCAUUUAUAAUUAACGUAAGUCAUUUCAACUUGAUUAAGUCAAUAAUACUUAGACCUUAGUUAUAUUUAUGCUUCAUGUUCCUUUAGAUAGUAUUAUCGAAUCAGUUAUUGCUGUUGGUGGAGUCUCGCUUUGGGUGAACUCUGUUUGCUGGGAUAACCAAUAAUGACAAUUCCAGUUUGGGAUGAAUUUGGCCACAAGAGUGGCCGUUUUAUUUCAUUUAAGCAUAUACAGCUAGGAAAAUCCAGAUACACAAGAAGAUUAUCCCAGCAAAGGUGAGGGCACACCCGCCAUCCGGGACAUGAAAGUGGAGCAAAAGGGGAGGGAAGGGAGGGAAGAAAUGUUUUCUAACUUUCUUGUUGCAGUGAGCAGAGAGGCUUUGUGCCUCGCUUUUGUCUUAAAAACACACAUAUAAUUUCCCGGAUGGCAGGAACGCCCCCUUACUAGUAAAGACUUACUAGCAGCUGGAGAAAUGACUCAUUAAUCAGUCAUAUUAAGCAUAAAACCAUUUAUUUCGUUCAGAAAUAAAUUUCAUUUCUAGCACAGUUUUGACAUCUAUUAACCAGAUAUAUAAAAAUAACAAAUUGUCUUGUAGCAAGAAGCCAUUUUAUUCUUUUGCACCAUUGCAGAACAUGUACUUAUACCACAGCCAACCGAUGCUUCACAUUCCUUAGGAUUACCCCACGGUUAGUUGCACAUUAUGUAAAAGAAUGCUUAAAUAGAUCACCAUGAAAAAAGAAAAACAAAAUUUGUCCAUAUGGUUUUUAGGGUUCGGGGUCCUUAACUAGGAGAUCAACCUUGGAGGGCUGUAAUUUUGUGAAAAUGGCAGUCUUAAAACAUAUCCUGUGGUUAUUUACUAAUAGUAUUUCUCCUCCAAGGAGACUAAUUUACUUCCAGGCAUAGUCAAAACUGGACUGAAACUCGCCCGACGAUCCUCCCACCAGACAGUGCCUGCACAGCAACUCAGUAGUUAGAUAAAUGCCAUCAUGCUGACCCUUCAGUACAGAUCUUGACGUCCUACUGGAUCACAAGUCUUUUCUAACAAUCAAUUAAUCAAUAGUCAUCGAUUUCCAUCGAAAAUCAUUAUUAAUCAAAGUCACAACUUUUUUCUCUAUCGAUUUCUUUGGAUUGGUAUCGAAAAUCGAUAUGAUUAUCCAUCGAAGAUUGUUAUAGAUUACUAAAGAUUGUUAUCGAUUGACUAUGCCUAUCCUGAGAAAACAGCCGGCAUUCCGCGACGCCACCACUGGUUUCCGCGCUAAAUCGACGUCUGAGAAACGAGCGCAGAAAUUCUAUACGGAUGACGUGUCACUACCUAGGUCAGGGUAGUGCUUCUGAUUGGUUGAAGCAAAUUUCCUUCAUGGCACGACCAAUCAGAAGCACUACCCAGAUCUAGGUAGUUACGCGUCAUCAGCAUGGAAUCUCUGCGCUCGUUUCUCAGACGUCAUUUUGCGGGGAAACCAGUGGUGGCGUCGCGAAAUGUCGGCUCUUUUCUCAGGCUAGACUACGCCUGAUUUGCUUAGAAGGUGAGCGUGUGGCUGAUGUGACUGCGUUGUUUUAAAUAGUAAUGUACCUGACAGCAUCGCAAAUUACAUUUCGUAAUGAAUUCAAAACUGACGUUCGUGAAGGAGGAUUUGCAGCAAUUGGACCCCAAAGUGAGGUUCGUGUGGGACAAUCAUCAGCUGUGACUACUCGGUUAGUGCUUGAUUUUAUUGUAAUAGAGAGAACUUGUCAUGUUUAUUUCAGACUAAAGGUUAACAGAAGUUUUUUGGCUUCCUUUUCGAAGUUUCUUAAUUUUUAGAAGUUUGGAAACUACUGUUGGAAGAAUGCUCGUGUCUGUCUUUAACAUGAAGUUGUCAGUCUCUGAGUGAUGUCAAAGAAUUUAAUUUGCUUAAGUGAAAUGACAAACCAGCCCGUAAAACUUUGGGUUCCGGGAUUCAGAAAGCAAGAUGGAAGCUGCCACCCAGUUUGGGAGAAAGGACAGAAUAAGGGAUAAAGAGGGAGAGGUGGAUGGACUUAGAUCGACUUAAGUCUUUUUUCUUUUCCUAUCCUACCUCUCUAAUCAGCGAUAUUCAUGUCUUCCUCGUCAAUAGAUAGUCACGGCCGUUUUGCUUGUUCUUGUUCUUCCUAUCGCAUGCCUUAACAAUUAAAGAUAAUUAUGAAAGAAACUGUGGUUCCUUAGAGCGACUUUCGUAUGACCUUGAAAUGAAAACGCGCGAACAAAACAGAAACAACAAACGGACGGAAAUAGAGCGAUUUGAUUGGUUUAUCGAACCGAUAUAAACGCGUGGCUUUUGGUUGGUUAAACGAAUGUACCUAUCAAUGUAAAGCCGGCGAGCGGGGGGGGGGGGGGAGGGGAGGGGGGCAGGGUACGGGGUGGGGAUUUGAUUGUCUUUGUUGGCCCUGGGGUAGGGCAUUUGACUGAUCUUGUUCUCCCAGGGGAGGGGAUAUUUGAAUCGUUCUUCACCCGACGUGGAGAUAUUUGACUGCCGACUCGGACGAAAAAGACUGAGACCGAACAUAUGUUGCCCGCUUCCACGCUUCACGCGUGCGCCGUACGGUUUGAAAAGAUCAGGAAGUCAUGGAGGCCAAUGAGAACAAGCGAAGGCUGAGUGGAUUUCACUGUUUUGUCUUCAAAUUUCGUUUGUUUUAGCGUGUUUUUGAUCAAUUGAACCUCUUAAAAUACUGUGGUAUCAAAGUAAACGGAAGUAAAGAGAAACCAAGUCGAUUUUUGCAAGUACAAUUGAUUAGUGUAUGGCUCAUUCGCCACAAUCAGUGCAAACUUAUAAAACUGACUUUAUUUGUACCCCUUACUAAGAACGGUAUAUUUAAACUUACAAAAUGUGGACUUUCUCCUAAAGGUUUAUGUAUUCUACGCAGUGUAACACGGAUUAUGGUUAAAAUGUAUAAUUGCAGCUGUAACAGGAACAUGUAUCUUUGGUGAUGCAGCAACGUUUAUAAAAGAUUGCAGAGUUUUAUUUGGAGAGACUUUUAUUGCGCCUUUCUUAGGUUCUGCCUUGGGAUUGACAGCAAUGUGCAGCCUGGGGUGGGGAAAUUUGGUUGCAUUUGACUGGAAUGAUUUGCCCGUGGGCAGGGAAUUUGAUUGCAAAUAUUUGAAAAAAAAAAAAAAUCCCCACCCUAUGCCCAUCCCCCCCCGCCGCCGGCAUUACAUUGAUAGGUGCAAAACGCUCGGGUGAAAAAACUUCAUGCUCGAGAACUGUCUAGAAAUCAAUCGAUACUUCGCUUUGACGUUAUACUGCGACACGAUUGCCAAUUGCACAAUGCCUUCUCCAUAUUAGGGUUUUCUUUGGCGGGAAAACGAAGAGUCCAUGUGUUGAUCUUUUCAUCCAUUGGCUGAUGAAACAAAUAACGAACACUCACCUAAAACGUGAUUGGAUAUUAACGACAUCUAAAUGGUCUUCGUUUAGGCGUCUCCUUGGGUUAGGUGGAAAUGUGGACUGGUCUGUGGAGUGGGAGUCUAUGUUAAGCUUCAGUUUUAUCCUUGGUUUUCAUUUUAUUUUAGGGGGUUUGGUAAUGUAUGAUAAUAAGUUGUUUUAAAAGAAAGGAAAAUGAAUUCAAACCAAGGAAAUUGAACCACAACAUGUGCACGCAGGUUACAUCUAAACAGAGCUGAUAAGUAUUGACAGUAUUGACCGCGGUGAUAACAGAGAAAUUUCCCAAAUCUGAAGCUACGAUUGCCAUUUUCCCUGUAAUAUAUAGAUUUAGCCAGGGCUACAAGCGAAUCCUCCGUUUCUAUACUUAUGAUAAACGCAAUCCAAUUAAAGUAAUAACAUGAACUCUAAACCAAAAAAUCUUCACAUCCCUAAGAGCCUUCGGCAUCAGACACCUUUAGAGGGAGGGGCUAAAUGAUUAAGAAAAAAAAUAUCCCGCAAACAAACCUGAAUUGAAAAAAUUGUUAAAUUGUAAGUCUCUUAAGUAUCGGUGAUUCUGUGUUUAAGGGAAGACGUAAAAGUAAAAUCAGGCCGACUUAAGGACUUUGUCUUCCAGUAAGCCCAUUAUAUUUUCUUUUCUUUUUUUUUUUGACGAACAGUUAUGUGUAGCCUUUACAUUUAUACCACACAAUAUCUGAAAGAAAUUUUUACCGUAAGGUGUAUAAUAUUUUCUCCGAGGACAGACAUACGAAAGAAAACGAUAAUCUUUUUCGCUCUUAUAACAAUAAUCCAAUUUUUCACUUCAAAUAUAAACGUUAAUACAGCAACUUACAACCUUUUAUUAUUGAAAAAAAAAAAAAAGACAAACUCGGGCUCCAAAAGCCGGCAAGUCUCUCCGUUUUAGAAUAGAGGAGAACGCUUUCAUUUUUUAAGAUAAGCUCGUAAUGAUUGAGAAAAUGAGAAGCAAUUCAAUGCGGAACAUGUGCAAAAACAACACUUCAGUUUUAAUUUGAGAAAGGGCCCGUCUGAAUGUUUCUAAGGGCCUGUUUACAUGGAGGUGGGGGACCCCAGGUAGGUGAGGUAACCCGCUUAGGUGAGGUAAAAAAAUAACCCGCCUUUACAUGCAAUCUUACAACCCCACCUUCCCGGGGUGCACUUUCUCAAGAUUAUUGAAUGGUCGCUAAGCACGUAAACAAGAAAAAUGCUGGAAAACCACGAGUUUUGGCGAUUAAUGCACUUUUUCACUCACUUGUUGCUCUUGCUGCAACCCGUCAGUGCAAUAGCUUUCUAUUGUUAACUUUAAUCAUAAUGCAAAGACACCGCGAAAGUGAAUUUUGCGCGAAUUUGAUGUAUCACGAAUCCGACCCCGGCCAGGCGGGUUACCCCACCUUGAAACGUUUACAUGACAAAUUGUGACCCCGGCUGAGAGGGUAACCCGGUCUGGUAGACCGGGCUACCCGCCUUGGCGGGUCACCCCACCUAUCAUGUAAACGUGAUCAAAUGAAUAUGAGUGAUUAUAUGGACAGGCGGGUUACCCCACCUAAGCGGGUUACCUCACCUACCUGGGGUGCCCCACCUCCAUGUAAACAGGCCCUAAAAAUCGCACGAUCUGUGAUCGUUUUUUGAGCUAAUGUUAUGAAUGAACAAUGACAGAUAAAUAACUUAAUUUCUUGAAAAUUUUUCUUCAAAAACCCAUAAGUUAAUCCUAAAAAGCAAUUCGCAUUCGCAUAAUUGCAAGUCAAGUUAAAUCGUUGCGUUCGCGCAAGUUAAAUCGGUCGAGCACGUGGUAAAAAAAUCAGUUUCAAAUGCACAUUUUUUGGUUUUUCUUUCACGCCGAUCUCAAAAUGUAGAAAACGUCCAUGAAGCCUUUAUAAAUACAAAAAUUCCUUUUUAAAAACGAACUUUUCUUUGAUCAUAGAGUACGGAAUGUACCUCAAGUGUCUUCAGAGACCUCGCUGUCUUGGUUGGUUCAAAACAAGCCAAGCGCUCCGAUCCGCCGUGUAGAAACAAGGUUGAAUUCUUCGAAAGACAAUAUCAUUGCGAAAAGCUUUCGUUUGCCCACAAAAACGAGACUGAGCAUUCCUUUGAACUUUCUUUUUGCAUUUGUCUUUCAUCGACGUACUAUCAAUCUUGAAAUGCAAAACUUUAGUCUUGAAAACCACCACAUCAUGAACGCGCGCCAGCCUUUUUGUUGAUGGAUGACAUUUAAAAAGGUGUCAAAUAUGUUUCUUCCCUCACCCCCUAAAUGGUUGACAUGACCAUUGGACGUUCGUGGGGGAGUGGAGUAUGGGUUAUUUUACCGAUUUAGUUUGUAUUGGAAGAAUUUUUUCCCAAAUCUCUCUGGAGUUAGAAUUUUUUCCCCGACAUAUAACGGUGUUAGAUUUUGCUCAGCAUUAUACGUCAUGAGCGAUAUUUUUUCAGUGCAGGAUAUUUUUCUCCCAGGAAUUUAUUUGCAUGCUUUUUUCCUCUCGAAAUCAGUCUGCAGGACAUUUUUUCUGAAAUCACUCAUAACUUCUUCUAAAGUCAAAUGGUCGGUCCCUAAAAUCCACAAAACAUUUGGUUAGUUGAUAGAUUCUGAUUUGUCAAUCAUUUCUAAAGGGUUUAAAACAAUAGGGGACAAAAUUCUCUAGGGGAGAGGGGAGGAAUUCGUUUCUACUUACCCCUACCAGGAAAGUCCGUACGGACGGACGGACGGUGACGUCAUAACCAAAUUUUCUCGGAUGGGUAGUUUACCAAAUUUUAUUACCCAUGGUGGUCCGCUGUGCGCGCUUCGCGCGCGCGGAGGCUCUGCAAUGAAGUUUGAUACUUCAUCGAUAUUCUUAUAUUUUAUUCAGAAAGUUUUUAAAUGCACUGAGAAAGUCCUAAGUAAUUGAAAACAGAUGCUGCGAAUUUGUCUGCGACAUUUUGUGCUAGCAUGAAGCAUUUAAGCUAAGAAACAUUUUUACAUUAACAAUAUACAGUCGACUCCCGAUAGCUCGAACCUUCAAGGGAAAUCGAAAAAAGGUUCAAGUUAUCGGGAGUUCGAGUUAUCUGGAGUUCGAGUUAUCGGGAGUUCGAAGAAAAUAGCCGAGAGUAAGGUAAAAAACAGUUUUUACUGUACAGUGAACAUUUUAAUCACAUUUAAUUGUAGAAAUGUCAAGUGAAAAUUAAAAGAUACUUCUAGAUUAUAAAUCAGAACGUAACGUAACAAAACAUAGCCUAAAUAGAGCAUGCGUCACUUACUGUUUUGAGAAGAAAAGCUGCUGAGCGUUUCACGUUAGCCUGUGACAAUCAACAUCAGCCUCCACUAGUAAACUAUACUCCUUUAACACGUCAAUAGGAAAUCAAAAAUUCAAUGCUUCGGACGCCAGUAGACGGCUUUUUUCCCGACUCAGUUAAGGGCUCAAAACAUGGUUCGAGUUAUCGAGGGUAAAAUUAUGUAGAAAAUGACCUGAGGGGAAACGAAAAUUGGUUCGAGUUAGCGGUUCGAGUUACCGAGGGUAAAAUUACAGUGAAUGUAUGACGGAAAUCCAGGGGAAAUCGAUUUUGGUUCCAGUUAGCGCGAGGUUCGAGUUAAUUUCAUUUCAGUGGUAAACAAAACCAAAUUAAAUAAACAGAAAAUAGCCUGUGUACUGACGCCCCCUCCCCUCAAAAAACAAAAACAAAAAAAAAAGUCGGAGAAGAAUUGAGAGUCUCUCUUCCCAACUAUUUUUAAGGGGAGGGGCAUUCUGUAAACAUGCUUACAGAAAAUGCAUCAAGCGUUUGACCGCGGUGGGUUAUGGAGAGCUUCUUUAAAGUGAAAAGGCUUGAAAAACCUUGCAAGUAUUGCAAAAAACCUUAUAAGGGCUGGCGACAUAAAAGGAGAACAACGUAAUUAAGGACUGGUGCAAGGCAGUGUCGCUGUUACCUGUUGCCACUGUAUCUGACUGCUAUCACAUAUCAUUUGAUUUUUUAUAGUGUUCAGCCCCAGCGUCCCUCCACUGGUGAAAGUAGUUACAGUAUCAACAUGUCUGGUGGAAAUGCCAGUGUUGGUGACUACAGUGUAAUCAAUGUGGGAACAACAACACCAAGGUGACUUAUACUGAGUAUCAUUUGUAUUAAUACGAUCAUAAGGAACUCUUGCAAAUAGUAUAAUUGCUAAAAGACCUCAUAAAUUAAAGCUACCAAAAGCGAUCAUGCGAGCCUGUGGCCAGUAUAUAGAGGCAACCGAGGCAGCCAAGGCAGCUCUUACAAUUUGGAGAGUUUUUGUGUGUCUCGCAAAAAAUGUAGGGCUAAGAUAGCUAUAUGCAUUUCAUUUUUUUGCUAUUGCCUUGGUGAAGAUUUUCAUCUGGCUGUGGGUAAAAGUGGACAAGCGUGUAAAGCGAGGGAGAAGUACAAGGGAGAGGAGACGCCCCUAGCACAAAUCCCAGGGGCGUAGCUAGCUGUACGCACGGUACGCACUUGGGAACCUGAAAAAGAAAAAGUCGAGGGUAAAAAAAUGGAAAAUAAUAACUAUAAUACAAAAGUGAGUAAUAAAAAAAUCAAAAAAGAAUUACAUUAUUUAAAUCUGCUUUUUGCUUAGCGGUUUAAAAUAUUUUUCUAAAGCAACGUAGUCCUUUAUUUGUGGAUCGAAUCAAGCUUGAUGUAUGUCAGUUGAGCUUCAACUACAUAUUGAUACAUCUGUGCGGAAAGUGUAUAAUGGGACUACGGUACGCUUGAUUACAAACCACUGUUUUAACAAACAGCGUUGACUUAACGUUUACUUGGAUAAUGUUGUAGUUCUUGUUUUUCUAUUAAACAUUUAGUCAAAAUAAAGUUACACUUUUUUGGAAGGAAAACUUAAUAGGAGCCCCCCUUCUAAUAAGCGCCCCUCCUUUGAACCGAAAUUUUGAAUAACCGUUAGGGCUCCCAUUCGAGGAAGUACGGUAUUCGUUACCACUCUCACUCGCCAUUGCAUAUUAUUUUCCAUUAGAUUUUACCUACGUGUACCUUUAUUUGGGUGACCAUCAAGUUAUUAAAUUUUCUUUUUCAAAUCAAUUAGUUAUAAGCUUAGGUUUAUAAAAAAUGCGGCCCAAUGGUUGUGUUUUGGGGAUGAUCAGACCUUCUUCUCUGUAGCCUCUACUUCCUACUGUUUAAUUCUUGCUCGUGCACAAACCUGCAACUAAAGGAUCUGGAAAAAGGGAUAGUUUGUCGUACGAGCGUUCAUGUUGUCAAACAGUUUUAACGUGGAUUUCAGCAAAAAUAGUUUCGAAAAAGUAGUGUCUAAGAAUAACUGCUAUAAAAUUCGUCCAGCUUGAUUAGUUUGAGGCUUCCAAGAGUGUAUCCCUUGUCUUCCGUGUCCUGUAUUGUAAUAAACAAUCUGUUUGAUUGUUUGUAUCUUACAGAACUCCAAGUACUGCCGAAAGUAUAGAAGCUCCAUUUGGGUUUCGGAGAGUAAAACUGGUACAAACCCCGAGAUUGCUAGCUCAGGAAGUCCUUCAGAAAGUGAAAAUGUCUCUAAUAACCCUCUAAUGCUACCCAUGGCAGUCCCUGAAGUAGGCAAUGCAGGAUCUUCUGAGCAGACUGCACUUGCUACUGGUUCUCGCGGAGCAUUGUCCAGUACCGUUCCGGAGACUAAAAACUCAGGACCUCCCCCUGGAGAUUCAACCGAUGUUAAAGUCCCUGAAAAAUUGCCUGUUAGCGUUCCUGAAGUGGGCAGUGCAGGAUCUUCCGAGCAGAAGGAAGUUGCGAUUGGCUCUCGCCUAGCAUUGUUCAGCCCUGUUCCAGAGACAAAAAACUCAGGAAGUCCCCCUGGAAACUCAGCCGAUGUUAACGUCUCAGAAAAAUUACCUGUUAGUGUUCCUGAAGAAGGCAGUGUGCGAUCCAUCUCGGAAAAGGAAAAUGCUGUCAAGGGUCUUGGAACAUUAUCCUACCCUGUGACUGAAAGUAACCAUCCUAGGACUCCCACGGAAAAUUCAAGUGAAGCUGAUACCCCUGGGAGAUUGCCACAUCCGAUUCCUGAAGAAAAUAAAAAACCGGAAUUAAGCAAAACAAAGGCUACUUGCACGUCUCUAACUGAAACUACAGCAACUAUCGCAGUUAGUCAGGGUACCGCCUUAUCAAGUAUUCAAGGGUCCAUAAACUGUAGCAGUUCAGAGAGAUGCACACCACUCUCUGGAAUUGGGAAAAAGUCAUUCAACCAUGGAAAAGCUUCUGGGGCCCCUAGAUCAACUAGUGAAUUACAACAGCAGCAUACAUGUAGAGAUGAACUGAAAACUGCUUCAGCUUCGUCAGCAAUGCAGGGACCUUCGGGUAAGCUUUGUUCACUUGUCUGGGUACUUUACACGAUGUGCAUAUUAAUACACCCCAGUGUCAUCUUUUCAAUGCAUUUUGUUGGCAAUACCGCAAUAUCAGAUGAGCAUUCCUUGCAUAGGGUUUGGGUUGUGUCAUCCUCUUGGAUAUGGUUGAUAGAAAUUCAGCUCCAGAAGAGUUCGCUUGCGUUUGACAAUUUACGCCAAAAAUGUGAAUUCACUUUUUAUGCGACGUUUUCGUGGCUGUCAGCUGUCGUGGCAGCUUAAAAAACUCCCUAAUAUUUACGAAGGCGUGAUUGAUGCAAGCGUGAAUACCUGUUGUAAGCUCAAGAUUGUGUUUUUGGAAAAGCGUCUUUAGUUUUCGGGUAGACAGUAUUUUGAAAUGGAGAGUUUAUAUCAAACUGAAAAUCUCCUGACAGCGUGCAUUUCUUUGGUGCAUGAGCCAGACAAGCCGUGAUCGAGUCUAUAGCCGUUGUGUACGAACUCACGAAAAGAACUCGGGAGAUGCUGUUCGCAGAUUGGGCACAAUAAUACAAAGCAUUUUUUGUGCCCAAUCAGAAGCCAGCGUUCCCUUGACCGUUUGGAAAUGGUCCGCUGAGAGUCGGUACCCUGGGUCUUUUCCGCCUGUGCUUGAAAACUUUCGUCGCUCCUUUUCUCCCGGUGCGACUGACUGCCCCUGGGUCUCCGAGGAUGGGGGUAUGUAAGCUUACCUUCCAUGUGGCAGCGGACCAUUCAUAGCCUAGCUUGUUGUAGCAGGAGUCGAAAGGGGUAGGGGAUUGGGAAGAAGGAGAAAAGGGAGGGGAUUGGGGAGAGAGGGACCCUCUUUCUCCCUUCCCCUCCCCUCCCCUUUUUGCGCCUACCCGGCACGCAGGCUAUUCUUAAGGAGGUAACCUCCCACGCAGAUGUUCUUCGGGCUUCUUCAUCCGGUGGAACUCGUGACGAAGUGGAACCUCUAUAUUACGUAGUCCUUUGUAUAGCGAACGGUUUUCUUUACCCCAGUAUCCAUAGUGGAACUGCCCACCUACCCCUCCCCUAAGCCAACAUGUUUCCCUAAGUGAGAAGUAAGUUUUAAUGUUGGGUUAGGGGAGGGGUACAAUGGAGGUGGGCAGUUCCCAGAAACCUAUUAUGAUCCGUAAUAGUAAAAUAUCUGAAAACGAAGCUUGAUGUAACAAAACCUCUCGGUGCAGCGAACAAAUUUUGCCAGUCCCUCUAUUAGCCCUUCGUUAUGUCGAGGUUUUACUGUAGCAAAAUUCCUAGAGGGAGGGAUCAAACAAACUACUUUUGAAUCGGCUUUUCUGAUUUUCCUUUGCUUCAGAUAAUAUCAAACUGCCUGAAGCAAGGACAACCAUUCCACGUACAAAUAGAGCUGAUGAACGAAGCAACAGACUAGUUGAACAGUUUGGUAGUCCACGGCCGCCAUCAGAUCAUGCUUUAGCGGCAGCAUCUAAUGCAGUUGGUGAAUUCAAGAAUCCAACCGCGUCUUCAAGGAGAAGUUCGUCAAGGGAAGCGCCACACAGGAAAGAAAAAUUUGUGAGAGGUAACUCCUUUCCCGACAGUGAUGAUCAAAUGCAGAUACCGGAAUCAAACCAAUCAAUAAGGAGUGUCGGAAACGGACAACAACACAGAGGUGGUGGCGGCUUAGGUAACUGUAGCGAGAACAGGGGUGAAGCUGCACAGAAUGGAAAUAGUUUUGUUGUACCAAUUAAUUCUGAUCCUGGGGAUGACGUAAAAGGAAAGGAAAGGUGCGAUGAGAAUUGUAACAUCAUAUGAGCUUGUUAGGUAUUAACUGCGCAUUAACUCUUAGCAAAUGAAAAGUAGUCGUCAAGUAAAGGCGGCGACGUUCGGAAGAUGACACAAGGCGCUCUCUGUUGAAAGUCUAUAUAGAUCAUUGGCAUAACCACGAACAAUGGACACCGACUAAACACCUGCAUCCUUUAAAGGUGGGCAUCGGUUUGUGUCUAGACAGUAUUGAAGUGGACAUCUCACAGGUGGACACCUCUAUGUAAGAGCUCCCAUGAUUGGUCCAAUAUCGCGUGAACAUAUUGACUCUUGACCAAUGACAGGGCAGCAAAUUGAGAGCCGAAAGUCCCGUCCAUGCACGUCCAGUCCUUUCCGCGCGCUUUCCCGAGGUCAACUGACGUUCCUGUUCUGUUGCUAAAUCAGCCUAAUAGCUUCCUUUGGGCAGUUUAGAGAAAUACUUCUAAAAAUUCUUCAGUUUCGAAUACGUUGAAUUCUAUUUGCAAAAGUGUUAUCAACAAGUCUUUCGUCGACAUUCAAUGGCGUGCGACGGUAUUAUUGCGGUGUUGUUUUUACAGAGUAAACAUUGUUAGCUUCGUGCCAUUUCAGUAUAAUUUGAUGUUGUCAUUUUGUUGUUUACCCGUGACCUGUGUGCUUAAAGAUCGGAAAACUUCAGCACCUUUAUGGCCUGGUGUUGAUGAAAGGAAGUAUCCUGAAAAUAUUUCAGAAAUUUUAAUGGUAAAAUUUAUUGGUUUUGUCUAGGCUAUUUUUAAGCUUAAGCGCUUUAUAAAAAAGAUAGAUGGCGUUAUAAAUGUAAGUAAAGGCUUUUUGUAAGAACCUGCAAAAGUCAAUGUAAAGUUUUUUAUUAUUUAAAAAGAGUAGAUAUUUUUAUUUAAGUAGCUUGGCGUUUAUUCUAUGGCUGACUGGGAUAUUUGCAAAGGUUAUACCCUGUUCAUAAGAUAUGUUCCAAGAAAGGUGACGACGAAGCAAACUGUCUUAACCAUGGGAAAAGAAGAUAAAUUUGUUUGAAUUUUAAACAAUAGGAUACUUAACAACUUUUUUACAAAGCUGUUUAACUUCAAAUUGGUGUGGUUUUAAUUGUUACAAAUUAGGGGUACCAAACUUAGUAAUGGCUUGCUCGCAAAAAAAAAAUUAGAUAUCUUACUGUUUUUUCUUAGUUUUUUUGAACACGGACGAAGAAAUUUUUAUUAAUUGUCUCUGUCAUAGAAGAAAAGUACCGGCAUGAAAACAGGGAAUGGUUGGAAGAAUUUGUUAAGCACUUAAAGUGCAUCAUAUGAUUUAAUGUGCUGUGUUACUCGGUAAAAAGACAAAGUCUUCUCAAUAAAUCAGUUAAUUAGCUGUAAUUUAUGUUACCUUUGCUUGGUAAAGUUGAAUGUGGAACUUGUUCUGGAAUGUCAUUCAUCUAUCGCGGACGACUCCCCCUCACUUUUACGAGCUUUAGUUAAUUUAAUACAUGCAGUCCCUUUCACAUCAAGAAUGCAGUUCU